GAAGCGAGGCUGGAAAUCGGCAGCUGGUGCCGCGAGGGUCAGUACCCGGAGCAGGAAGAGUGUGACACCGAGCGGGGAAAUCAAACCAGAAAACAGGUCGUUGGGGGGAGACGGAGAAGGAUGGAGCCGAGAUUACCAGUUAAACGGUCACUGAAGUUGGACAAAAGGGCAGAUGAGGCAACACCUUGCAAGAAAAACCACAAGGUUUCCAUCGAAAGAUUUUCCCCGGUCACUGGAACUCAGUGUCUUAGCCCUUUUACCCCCAGGGGUGCCCUCUGUGGAGCAAAAUCUGAUGUUGCUGAAUCGAAUGUGGAAAAGUCUAAAGUUUCCACAAAACGGCAUCUGCAUGCAGCCCAGAAAGAGUUAAAUAUUUUGAGGUCAAAAGUGGAAAAGUCUGUCUUGGUUAUCAAAGCAACCAGAGAGAAGUUGGGUGCUCUGCAGGCUUUAGAGGGGAGAAAAGAGUUUGAAUAUUUAAUCGGUGCCUGGAACAAGUCAGGGGAUCUGACUGCAGAGCUCCAAAGAAACAGGGAACUCAUGGAAAGAAGAAGCAACCAAGCUGCUAAGGACAGACUUGUCACACUGGCUGGAAUUAGAAGUUGACAAUGGUGCCCUUGCCCAGCAAUGGGAUAACAUGCAGGAGCCUUUCUCCAGGAGGCCAAUCUUAUUUUGAGGUAAUUGGGUACUUACCCAGGCAGUGUCAGGCCACUCACCUGUUGGGUGGGAACUAUGUCUGGAAGCUGGUCACUUAUAAGCUGGUAAUACCACUGGAAGUAGUGAUCCCAUCUGUCUUACA